AGCGGGCGAUGGCGGCCAUGUUGGGAGCGUCGGGACGGCUGUGAGGAAGGCCUCGGCGAGGAGGAGAAGGACGCGGGUGGGCUCGCCCGGCCUCGCCCCCUGUGGCACAGCCGGGGCUCGAGAGGGAAAGGCGGAGAGGGGAGGCCACCGAAACGGGGCUCGGAGCGGGGAGAGGCCUCUGGGCGCGCGGGCGCUGGGCCUCCUCCCGCCGGCGCCAUGAGCGGGGGGACGCCUUACAUCGGCAGCAAGAUCAGCCUCAUCUCCAAGGCCGAGAUUCGCUAUGAGGGCAUCCUCUACACCAUCGACACCGAGAACUCCACCGUGGCGCUGGCCAAAGUUCGUUCUUUUGGUACUGAAGACAGACCCACUGAUCGGCCUAUACCACCUCGUGAUGAAGUAUUUGAAUAUAUUAUAUUCCGUGGCAGCGAUAUAAAGGAUCUGACUGUUUGUGAGCCACCUAAACCACAAUGUUCACUGCCUCAGGAUCCAGCUAUCGUUCAGUCUUCUCUAGGGUCAUCGUCUUCUACUUCAUUCCAGUCUGUGGGCUCCUAUGGUCCCUUUGGCAGAAUGCCAGCCUACAGUCAGUUCAGUCCAAGUCCUUUAGUGGGCCAGCAGUUUGGGGCUGUUGGUGUUGGAGGUUCACUGACAUCGUUUGGAACCGAAACAUCAGCCAACGCAAGCUUGUCUCAAAGCAGUGCAGUUGGUUCUACUUUUACAACAGAUACAAGAUCAUUAAAAACGCAGCUCUCCCAAGGUCGUUCAAGUCCUCAGUUAGACCAUUUGAGAAAGAGCCCGAUCCUGGAGCAAGCAGUACACUUCUCUGAAUCGGCAGCAGUCGGGCGCAGGAGUCCUGUUUCGGCAAGACCGCUGGCUUCUGCUAACCAAAAAUCCUUAGAAAAUCAGGAGCACAGGCGAGCUGAAGCGCACAAGUUGUCAAGAUCUGAAGCGGAGCAACUAAGAAGCGAUAAACGUCAACUGGUUCAGGGGGCACCUCCAGUACGAAGAGGCCGUGGAGGUCACCGUGGAGGCCGAGGAAGAUUUGGUAUCAGGCGGGAUGUUCCAAUGAAAUUUGAGAAGGACUUUGACUUUGAAAGUGCAAAUGCACAAUUCAAUAAGGAGGAAAUAGAUCGUGAAUUUCACAACAAGCUGAAACUGAAAGAAGAUAAACCAGAAAAGCCAUUAAACGGGGAGGAUAAAGGUGAUUCCGGUGUUGACACACAAAACAGCGAAGGCAACGCAGAAGAAGAUGACCCCCUUGGGCCUAACUGCUAUUAUGACAAAACCAAGUCUUUCUUCGAUAACAUCUCCUGUGAUGACAACAGAGAACGAAGACCUACCUGGGCAGAAGAAAGAAGAUUAAAUGCAGAGACAUUUGGGAUUCCAUUGCGUCCAAACCGUGGCCGUGGGGGCUUCAGAGGGAGAGGAGGUGGCAGCGGAGUUGGCGGCUUCCGGGGUGCUAGAGGGCGUGGCGGCACCAGAGGAAACUUCAGCGUCCCUCGAGGGUUUCGUGGUGGAUUCAGAGGUGGACGUGGUGGCAGGGAGUUUGCAGACUUUGAAUACAGGAAAGACAACAAAGUUGCUGCAUAGCCUGCAAGAAGCUGAAAGCCGGGUGGACGUGCAGAUCACCAGAUCAUCGUCGUCCAGAGAAUGUGUCGGUCUUUGCAAAGAAUUGACUUAAUUUGCUGUAAAACUCGUCACCAGCACUGGGGUUUGUUUUUAAUUUUGAAGGGGUUUGAAGCAGUGACCAUUCUGAAAAAAUUGCCAUCUUCAGAAACAAGAAGCAUUAAAUAUAUUUGCGAUAGAAAAAAAAUAAGUAAUUUCUUACAUAUAGUUGAACUAUAAAGCAGUAUGUCAGUGGCGUUUUAAGUAUUUUUUUCACCACAGACAGGAUUUUUCUUAACUAAAUUGUAUUCGAUUGCUGCAGGUUGCAAAGACAAUAGUAUGCAGAAGGCCGUCAGUACUGUGAGUGUGUUGAUCCACUGAAGGUUGUUUUUGGGACUCCUGUAAUAACCCUUUUCUGAAAUAGUUGUACUUUUUGUCAGAUAGGGUGCUGGGCAGUAGAAAACUUGAUUUGUCAGUUUAAAAAUGUAAACACAGUAAAUAUUGUUUCUUAGGCAAAGGAAAACUUUUUAUAGUUGUAAAAUUCCAUGAUUAACCCAUUGCCAAAGAAACAUUGAAGAACUUUGUAUAGCUGUAUAAAAAGCAACUAAUUUUUUAAAAGAAUAAAACAUUUUUAAGUCAACAGACCUGCUGUGUUGAGACGCUAAAACAUACACACAUGAGAGUUUGUUUGGGUUUUUUUUUUCCUUUGUAGCUUUUCAGGCUUUAAACUCAUUUGGUUUUUAUAUUUUGACUACAGAUAAAAAAAUCGAAAAUGUUUUUCAUGAUACAAAACCUAUAUAAAACAAUUCUGACUUGGCAAGAAUUUCAGUUUUGUAUUUUAUGGCACAUCAAAGGGUUUGACCAAAUUUUACAAAGUGCUUUGUCAAUCGAGACCAGCCUAGAUGCUUCAUGUCGCAAUUUGCGUUAAUUGAUCCGGCUGAAAAGUCAGUGACCCAGGCAGGCAAGUUCUGACGCUCCCGCUUGUGCCUGGCAUAAAAACGAAAAGUCUCCAUGUAUCAGUUCUUGAAAUGUUGACCUUUGUUUUAAUAUUGUUGACAUACUCGAUUUAAAAGUGAAUUUCCUAGUGUUUGAAAUUGCUUGAGUUUUGAUGGACUGUAGCUUGGAGACACUGAAUGUUCCUUUUUAGACAGUAUCCCACAAGUGAUUUGGUAUGGAGUAAUUGUACACCAAUUCUGAAUAACUAGUUUAAUUACUUUUUAUAUUAAGUUAUAUUAGGUACAGUAAUCUGGUAAUUUGUGUUUGUAUUUGUAUAUGAAAGCCACAGGAAUAAAGGGAUCCAAAGAUUAAAGCAUUUUUUUAUCUUAAUUUGCUGUUUUUUUUGUUUCUCAAUGUUUAAUAGUGAUCAGAUGUGGAUAACUGCACUGUUAGGAAACGGGGAUAUUUAAAAAGCGAUUGAUAGAAUCAUAUUUUGUAUCUUUUUGUAUAGCACUACAAGGAAAGUAUUUUGUAAUUGGUUUCCUUAUGAGGUCACGUAUUUGGCAGAUGUAGAAUUUAGAUACUCUUGUUUAGUAAUAUUUUGCAUGUUAACAAUGCCUUUUUGGGAUCCACAAAUCAUCAUACUGAACAGUUGUUUUUUCAGAACAAAAGGCAAGUCCUGUCUUAUUGCAAUAACAAUGUAUACUGUCUGAAGUAUCCCAAGUUUAUUUAAACAAGAUAAUAUUGUAAAUACCAAUGAGAUGUGCUGUGAAGGUAUGAAUUAGUUUCAUCUUACCCACCAAUCCUUUGGGUUUACUAGUUGGGGUGUGUUUGUACCCCAGAAAAAAAGAGCAUGACAUACCUUCAAUGUACCUUGCUACAGCAGAGUGGGGCUUUUAUUUUAAGCCAGAAUAAAACAGUUCAGAA